UAUGAAACAUUUGACUGAAAGUUCAGGGGCGAAGUAAUUUGUUCAACGCAAUCCAACCGCCCGAAUUAUUUUUACCAAGGGUAGUUCGUAUUCCUUCUCUCUUCCCUUCUCCGAUCCUCUGUCCCCCCAACUUAACAUUCCACAGGCCCGAUCCAACAUCGAUCCAACUCUCUCCCAUCUCUAUAUCCAACACCUCUACUAGCAUCCUACACCGUCACACGCAAGCUCUGCCUCCCUCGACGCCGUCGCCUGAACCGCUCCCUUACUCUUUUCGAUGAACAGAGAAGGUGCAUCAAGAGAUGGAUUUGGAUUCAGUGAAGAGAUACUUGGAGAAAGAUUGCAACGAAAAUGCGAUGAAUAUCGAUGGAAUGCCGUUCAAAUUCUUCGAGCCCUUCGUGAUGCAAGGCCUCCGUGUUGAUCUCCUGGAACCUGGCCGCAUCAUCUGCUCCAUGAAAGUACCUCCACGUUUACUGAACACUGGAGAUUUCUUGCACGGUGGUGCCACGGCGACCCUCGUUGACUUAGUGGGCUCGGCUGUUAUAUAUACAGUGGGUGCUCCGGUUACUGGUGUUUCUGUCGAGAUUAAUGUCUCCUACUUGGAUGCAGCUUAUGCUGGUGUGAGUGCCCUACUCUACAUUUAUGUUCAAUACAUUUCACUCUAUUGCUUUUUGAGUACAAUUAAGGUUUUUUCCACCCUCUCUCUGUUGUAAACCACCUGAGUGUUGUGUUUUGUUGAAUUGUUUAUAUUUUUAUGUUCGAAUAAGUUUUUUAGUCCAAA